AUGGCAGCAGACACAGGCACCCAUGACAGCAGACACAGGCACCCAUGGCAGCAGACACAGGCACCCAUGGCAGCAGACACAGGCACCCAUGGCAGCAGACACAGGCACCCAUGGCAGCAGACACAGGCACCCAUGGCAGCAGACACAGGCACCCAUGGCAGCAAACACAGCCACCCAUGGCAGCAGACACAGGCACCCAUGGCAGCAGACACAGGCACCCAUGGCAGCAGACACAGGCACCCAUGGCAGCAGACACAGGCACCCAUGGCAGCAGACACAGGCACCCAUGGCAGCAGACACAGGCACCCAUGGCAGCAGACACAGGCACCCAUGGCAGCAGACACAACCGAUAUAGCAGAUACAUAUACAGCCAAGACAGCAGACGCAGACAGCCAAGACAAUAAACAGCAGACGCAGACAGCAGACACAGACAGCAGACACAGACAGCAGACUGCUAAGACAGCAGACACAGACAGCAGACGCAGACACAGACAGCCAAGACAGCAGACGCAGACAGCCAAGACCGCAGACACAGACAGCCAAGACAGCAGACGCAGACAGCCAAGACAGCAGACACAGACAGCCAAGACAGCAGACACAGACAGCCAAGACCGCAGACACAGACAGCCAAGACAGCAGACGCAGACAGCCAAGACCGCAGACACAGACAUCCAAGACAGCAGACGCAGACAGCCAAGACAGCAGACGCAGACAGCCAAGACAGCAGACGCAGACAGCCAAGACAGCAGACGCAGACAGCCAAGACAGCAGACGCAGACAGCCAAGACAGCAGACGCAGACAGCCAAGACAGCAGACGCAGACAGCCAAGACAGCAGACGCAGACAGCCAAGACCGCAGACACAGACAGCCAAGACAGCAGACGCAGACAGCCAAGACAGCAGACGCAGACAGCCAAGACCGCAGACACAGACAGCCAAGACAGCAGACACAGACAGCCAAGACCGCAGACACAGACAGCCAAGACAGCAGACGCAGACAGCCAAGACAGCAGACGCAGACAGCCAAGACACAGACAGCCAAGACCGCAGACACAGACAGCCAAGACCGCAGACACAGACAGCCAAGACAGUAGACACAGACAGCUAAGACAGCAGACACAGACAGCCAAGACCGCAGACGCAGACAGCCAAGACAGCAGACGCAGACAGCCAAGACAGCAGACGCAGACAGCCAAGACAGCAGACGCAGACACCGCGGCACAAUUUCACCCUAUUAAGAAAUUACCAUAA